CCUGCCUCCCGGCGGGGUCCCGCGGAGUUGGCAGAGGCUGCUCAGGGGACUAGGGGACCGAUCUGCGUAGAAGCGGGUGGCGGGGAAGAGAGGGGAGGAGAGCUCUGAGUGGCAAGCGGAGCCGGGGGCCUGAGACCCGUCGCGUCAGAGCCAGGCAAGUGAACCGGAGCAAACGACUUCCGAUCCAGUCUGCGCUGCCGCGGCUCCCGUUUGGGAUUUGAUUUGCAGCAUCUUCGAGCCUGUGCAACAAAAAACCGCGAAGCACGCCCAGCCCUCCCUCGGCACCCCGAUACGCACCCACUCCCUCCCAGGGACCCAGCUGGGCGCGUCCACACCCCCGCACCCCCACACCAUGUUGUGUGGAAGGACUUCCACUCCCCGCCUGUGUCGUUGAUGUCAGACCCCAGGCCAGCCUCCCGGCGCUGCAGUUCUCCCGGCUAAUGCUGAGGCUGCGGCUCGGGCUCUAGCACAGGAACCGACCGCUGCCGCGCCCGGCCCCCGCGCCCACCGUCUGCAUGUGCCCGCCGUAGCCGCCUGCCCAGCCGGCAGCCCGCGCUCCCUGGAGCGCUGGAGACCACCGCGGGGGGCCCCUUCUGGCCUCAGGAGACGCGAUCUUGGAGGUAUUGAUUUCGGUGGUUGAAUUUUUUUCGUGGAUCUAUCAAUUCACAAUUCGAAUUUGGAAGAAAGAAGGAAAACAUGACGUCUCCAGCCAAAUUCAAAAAGGAUAAGGAGAUAAUAGCAGAGUACGAUACUCAGGUCAAAGAGAUCCGCGCUCAGCUCACGGAGCAGAUGAAAUGCCUGGACCAGCAGUGUGAGCUCCGCGUGCAGCUGUUGCAGGACCUCCAGGACUUCUUCCGGAAGAAGGCUGAGAUUGAGAUGGACUAUUCCCGCAACCUGGAAAAGCUGGCAGAGCGCUUCCUGGCCAAGACACGUAGCACCAAGGACCAGCAAUUCAAGAAGGAUCAGAAUGUUCUCUCUCCAGUCAACUGCUGGAAUCUCCUCUUAAACCAGGUGAAGCGGGAGAGCAGGGACCAUACCACCCUGAGUGACAUCUACCUGAAUAACAUCAUUCCUCGAUUUGUCCAAGUCAGCGAGGACUCAGGAAGACUCUUUAAAAAGAGUAAAGAAGUUGGCCAGCAGCUCCAAGAUGAUUUGAUGAAGGUCCUGAAUGAGCUCUACUCGGUCAUGAAGACAUAUCACAUGUACAAUGCCGACAGCAUCAGUGCUCAGAGCAAGCUAAAGGAGGCGGAGAAGCAGGAGGAGAAGCAAAUUGGAAAAUCCGUGAAGCAGGAGGACCGGCAGACCCCACGCUCCCCUGACUCCACUUCCAACGUCCGCAUUGAGGAGAAGCAUGUCCGGAGGAGCUCAGUGAAGAAGAUUGAGAAGAUGAAGGAAAAGCGCCAAGCCAAGUACACGGAGAAUAAGCUGAAGGCCAUUAAAGCCCGGAAUGAGUACUUACUGGCUUUGGAGGCAACCAAUGCGUCUGUCUUCAAGUACUACAUCCAUGACCUGUCCGACCUUAUUGAUCAGUGUUGUGAUUUAGGCUACCAUGCCAGCCUGAACCGGGCACUUCGCACCUUCCUCUCGGCUGAGUUGAAUCUGGAGCAGUCAAAGCAUGAGGGUCUGGAUGCCAUUGAGAAUGCCGUAGAAAACCUGGACGCCACGAGUGACAAGCAGCGCCUCAUGGAGAUGUACAACAAUGUCUUCUGUCCGCCUAUGAAGUUUGAGUUCCAGCCCCACAUGGGGGACAUGGCUUCCCAGCUCUGCGCCCAGCAGCCCGUCCAGAGUGAGCUGGUACAGAGAUGCCAGCAACUGCAGUCUCGCUUAUCCACUCUGAAGAUAGAGAAUGAAGAGGUAAAGAAGACAAUGGAGGCCACUCUGCAGACCAUCCAGGACAUUGUGACCGUCGAGGAUUUUGACGUGUCUGACUGCUUCCAGUACAGCAACUCUAUGGAGUCCGUCAAGUCCACCGUCUCAGAAACCUUCAUGAGCAAACCCAGCAUCGCCAAGAGGAGAGCCAACCAGCAAGAGACAGAGCAGUUCUAUUUCACGAAAAUGAAGGAGUACCUGGAGGGCAGGAACCUCAUCACCAAGCUACAAGCCAAGCACGACCUUCUUCAGAAAACCCUGGGAGAGAGUCAGCGGACAGACUGCAGUCUGGCCAGGCGUAGCUCAACUGUGAGGAAACAGGAUUCCAGCCAGGCAAUUCCUCUGGUGGUAGAAAGCUGUAUCCGGUUUAUCAGCAGACACGGACUACAGCAUGAAGGAAUUUUCCGAGUGUCAGGAUCCCAGGUGGAAGUGAAUGACAUCAAAAACGCUUUUGAGAGAGGAGAGGACCCCCUGGCUGGGGACCAGAAUGACCAUGACAUGGACUCUAUAGCUGGCGUCCUGAAGCUUUACUUCCGGGGGCUGGAACACCCUCUCUUCCCCAAGGACAUCUUCCAUGACCUAAUGGCCUGCGUUACAAUGGACAACCUGCAGGAGAGAGCUCAGCACAUCCGGAAAGUCCUCCUGGUCCUGCCCAAAACCACUCUGAUUAUCAUGAGAUACCUCUUUGCCUUCCUCAAUCAUUUGUCACAGUUCAGUGAAGAGAACAUGAUGGACCCCUACAACCUCGCCAUCUGCUUCGGGCCCUCGCUGAUGUCAGUGCCCGAGGGCCACGACCAGGUGUCCUGCCAAGCCCACGUGAACGAGCUGAUCAAAACCAUCAUCAUCCAGCAUGAGAACGUCUUCCCAAACCCCAGGGAGCUGGAGGGCCCCACCUACAGCAGAGGAGGAAGCACGGAGGAUUACUGUGACAGCCCUCACGGGGAGACUACCUCGGCUGAAGACGCAGCCCAGGACGUGGCCGCAGAGCAUCACACGAGCGAUGAUGAGUGUGAGCCCAUCGAGGCCAUUGCCAAGUUUGACUACGUGGGCCGGACAGCUCGAGAGCUGUCCUUCAAAAAGGGGGCAUCCCUGCUGCUUUACCAGCGGGCUUCCGACGACUGGUGGGAAGGCCGGCACAACGGCAUCGACGGACUCAUCCCCCAUCAGUACAUCGUGGUCCAGGACACCGAGGACGGUGUCGUGGAGAGGUCCAGCCCCAAGUCUGAGAUUGAGGUCAUUUCUGAGCCACCUGAAGAAAAGGUGACAGCCAGAGCGGGGGCCAGCUGUCCCAGUGGGGGUCAUGUAGCUGAUAUUUAUCUUGCAAACAUCAACAAGCAAAGGAAGCGGCCGGAAUCUGGGAGCAUCCGGAAAACGUUUCGGAGCGACAGCCAUGGGCUGAGCAGUUCCCUGACUGAUUCCGUCCCCGGGGUGGGGGCUGGCUGCCGCCCAUCUUCCCAGCCCAUCAUGAGCCAGAGCCUCCCCAAGGAAGGGCCAGAUAAGUGUUCUAUCAGUGGGCACGGAAGCCUCAACUCCAUCAGCCGCCACUCCUCCCUGAAGAACCGGCUAGACAGUCCCCAGAUCCGGAAGACGGUGACAGCAGGGAGGUCAAAAAGCUUCAAUAACCACCGGCCCAUGGACCCCGAGGUCAUUGCACAGGACAUCGAGGCGACUAUGAACUCCGCCCUGAACGAGCUGCGGGAGCUCGAGCGGCAGAGCAGCGUCAAACACACCCCGGACGUGGUCCUGGACACCUUGGAGCCCCUCAAGACGUCCCCCGUGGUGGCCCCCACGUCGGAGCCCUCCAGCCCCCUGCACACCCAGCUCCUCAAGGACCCCGAGCCCGCCUUCCAGCGCAGUGCCAGCACUGCUGGGGACAUCGCCUGCGCCUUCCGGCCUGUUAAGUCCGUCAAGGUGGCGGCCCCGGUCAAGCCACCAGCCACGCGGCCCAAGCCCACUGUCUUCCCCAAAACCAAUGCCACUAGCCCCGGCGUCAACUCCUCAGCCUCCCCACAGUCCACUGACAAGUCUUGUACUGUCUGAGGGAUGUAAUUUAAUUGUUCUUGACAAGGGGACUGGAGGGACUGACUGUUAUUAAAAUCUUCCUAUUUAACUAGCUUGGGGACUUCGGUUGAAAAUUAGAUUCUAAGUUGUUCUUGCAGGAAUUAGCCUUCCCAUCACCCAAAACCUUGAGAAUGAAGCCCUCGUUAUCGCCCUGCCCUUCCCCUCCCUUCCCCCAGCCCCCUGCCCCCCACCCCCUCAUUGUCGUAAUCCAGCCAGCUACAGUACAUACUGUUCUUAGGCUAGCCGGAGAUAGGUUUUUCCAUUAUCAGGUCACUGUGAAAUCUGGCAAGGCAAGUCAUGGGGCCGUGGCUGAAGCCUCAGUCCCGCAGACACAGGGGAUGCCUGCCCAGAUGGUUGGCUGCCGACAGCCAGCUCUCAGUGGCAUCUUGUUUUGGGUACUGAUUACAGAGAAUCAUACACAGUCCAUUCUCCAUUUUAUACACACACACACAUACAUACAUACACACGUAAGUUUUUCUAGUCUCUGGCAUGUGUAGCCUCUCCUGGUCCUAGAUAGACCAGUCUCUUUGUAAGUUAUUGUGGCAGUUCACACAGGAGCCACCAGAGGUCUCUGUUUCCGUUACAAAUCUUGUUCUGUCUGGGCGGAGAGCCUAGCCUUGGACAUCUCUCCACCACGUGACAUUUAACAGGACGGGACUCAAUCCUGUAAUGUGUUGGGGGUUGGGGGCUUUGUCUUCUUUCUAUUGGUGUGAAUUGGUCAUUGGUGUUUGCUUUUGCCCUCCUCCAUCCUCUAGAACUACACCCCGAUCUUACGGAACUUUGAAAGUUUUUCUGAAUGUAUAGACGUUUCUCGGGUUCCUAUCUUUGUCUCUGAUGGACCAUUUUCCAUUUAAGACAUUUUCCUGUAUAAGACAGUUUUAUAGUCGGUUCCUUUUAGAGUAAAGAGUCUUAAGAGAGUUUUAUUGUGUUUAUGGCAGGUUUGGAAAAGGUAAGAAAUGGGUGCUCUUCCUCCCACUUUUUUGGGUACUUAAGGCAAAAUUCAUUAUCCUAUCGAAAAUUAAAUUCAUCUUUGCUAACCCUAAAAUUCUUCCCAAAUGGAAAUUGAUUCCAGGUUUGUCCCGCAGUUGGGUUAAUCUACAAGGUCUCUCUUCCGGGACCAACGGGGGCUUAGGGAGCCCUAGUUAGAUAAAGGGAGACGCUGCCCCUUAAAACUGGUUUUCAUUUAUCCAGACAAGGACAACUAAUAGAACUUUGGCCCCAGGUGCUCUAAAGUCUUUCUAAGGCCUGAACCUAAGAAAAUAAAAAAUUGGAUACUGAAUAUUUUGGCCUUCCUUUGGCCUUUUUUUCUGGUUCACCUCCACAAAGCAAAAAUGAUACCCUAGUCUGCUUUAAUAAUUCACUCUCAAUCUGGUGUCCGUGGCCCCAGCUCCCCUGGCACCAUGCUGUCCCAGGAGUACCCCGCUGGGUACAGUCACACCCCAGGCUCACGGGUCUCAGACAACUACUUGAGUUAAAACUGAAACCUAUUCCUCUUCCCUGUUUUCUGGUUUUAAAGCUAUGCUUUUGGCCUUAUUUUCCACAGUUCAGGAGAGAGAGUUGGUUGCCAUUCCGAUAGGAAAAUCUGUGUUUUCUUAUCUUUGGCCGAGAAGAUCCUUUUUGGUCCAACAUUCUGAAGUCGGUAGUUGGCUCUGGGGAACGGUAGGAUUUCCCUCACUCUGUGUGAGGGAAAUGGGGGGCUUUAUGGGUCAUCACCAACCAGAAGGGCAGCCCGCAACACCAGGAAAACCAUCCCAAGAGCUGGAAGGGAGAGAGGAAGAGCUUCAGUGAGUGAGGCCACCUGUGAGGGGCGACCCGCAGUCUUCUGAAUUCUUGGCUUUUGUUGCUCUGUUUAGUGGCCUGUCCUUGUGUGUCCCCUGGACUUCCACAGGUCCCGAGCCAGCGGGGGCUUUCAUCCCCAAGGAUCUGUUUCCUCGCUGAAAAUGAAGCCCCACCCUUCACUUUACAUUCCUUUUGAUCCGACUGGUCCAGAUUGGUGUCCAUACCUGCCCUUCUCCCUUCCCUCCAGCACAUCCUUCUCUAGGAAGGUAAAGGCAGACCUUCCUUAACGACAGCACCUGGGGCCUGUUGUGCUGCUUCUGCCUCAUUUCUCUUCCAGCCCUGUACCUGACUUGCGUUCACCGUCCCCUCGGGCAGUGUCCGUCUGCUGAUUGGCAUCAUGAACUGGACAGUGUGUGAGUGGUCACCUGCUCCCCCGCCCCGCGCUGGGAGCUGAGCUGUCUUCCCCUCUCUGGUGCUCCUGACACCUGUGAGACGGUCCUGUCGAGAGGACGAGGAACCCUCGGAGGAGAGUUCUUCUCGGCAGAGCUCAUUGCAAUCAACUGGAAUCGAGGUUGCACACUGUGAUUUUUACACCGAGAAGCCAAACAGAGCUGGCCACCCAGGGCCUAGGGAGACCAGUCUUCCUCAGAGAUGUCUGCCUAAACCAGCAUGAUGCUUCAGAGAGCCCCACUCUGCCUCCUCUUCCUGGUGUGGACUCAGAUGGGUCAGUCACUGGGCGGCAGAGGUGGGGUGGGGCUCCCAGCAUCCCAGUUUGGAAAAAAGAGGAGUUUGCAGCCAGCAGCCUGUAAACUGGAAACACUGGUCUCAGCCAGCCUCCUCAGGGCGCCCUGGUUUUCUCCCCAAAGAGAUGAGCAGAGCCGACGCCAGCAACGGGAUGAACAGGCCCCUGGAAGGGCUGGUGUACAUGAACUUCACGCUCAGAAGAGAAGUUAGGUCUUCCAGGCAAUUGCAAUGUUAUGGCGUCUGACUUGUAUGUCACGUCUGUGUAAAACGGUAUAUUCUUUAAAAAUAGUGUUGAUAACUGGAAUAUUGUAUGUAUGCUUGGCGAUGCUUUGUGUGAACCUAAGACUGUCACUCAACAGAUGUUGGAUUGGGGAAAAUCCAAAGCACAACUUCGAAAUAAAAUACGUUUUUAGGUUUCGA